AUGCGUAUUCGCCCCUACUGGUGGGCAAAAACCCUCGGCGUACUCGCCGCCACCUCUGAACCCGCGAACCCCGCCACUCCACCCGAUCGACCUACCCCACAACGCACCGUCCAGGAGAAAUUCCUAGUCUCAACCGCCUUCUCCACCAUCACUGCCAGAACUCUGUCAUUCCAAGGACAAUUGCUCAAUGGCGUCACCCCGCUUCAACUGGCCCAAAAUGGCUUUCACUACCAACCUUCUGGAUAUUCCGUUGGGCUGGCCUGCUGCUUUGCUUGUCAACAUUUCAAACGCCUAGACAGCUUCCAAGGGGUACCUUUCCAAGAGGCACAGCUACCACAUUCAGUAGACUGCUUAUGGCAGAUUAUCUACAGCGACUUGAAACAACACCCCGAAACUGCCGGCACACUUACCCUCUCAACCAACACACCCUCGCCGCCUAAACAGUCAACUACUCGCCACCAUCUUUCUUCGAAUAACGCACCUUUCAAGAAAACUACCGCAAACGCUAGCACACAGACACCCACCCAUUCAACCCCAACAAUACCCACUGCUAUAGAAAAAUCUUCGAACACUAUCGUCCACUCCUGUGCUCAACCGCCAUCCGCCACAAUCGACUCAGAGCUACAAACACCUCCACCAACCUACUCUCCCCAGCCUCCUCAAUCGAUACCGUCCAUCACUUAUUCGCCCCCAACCAAGCAAACAACCUAUGCUUCUGUCCUUCAGCAAUCUAUCACAAACACACCGCAAUCAGCUUCUUCAACACAAAAACCCAUCCUUCCUACCGAACCUAUACUCACGAUUGAAGAUCUUCACCGCCGUUUCCACAAUAAACCACCACCAUCCCAGCUUGAGAAUAAGACAAGUCAACGCUCAACGAAACAAAAUCUUAACAAUUCCGCAUCUGCAACACAGUCGCUAUCUAGGUUCCUUGUCUCAGCCCUGCCCGCGUUUUCGCGGUUUCUAGCAGAGAUGCAACCAAAAGCGGACAUUUGCUGUUCGUCUCAUUCGCAUAUCUACCACAGCCGCGCCAUGAAGGCAGCCUAA